AUGGAUGAACUUCAAGAUAUUCUUCCAGGGAUUAUCAACCAGCUUGGCCCAGAUAACUUGGACAACUUGAAGAAGUUGGCUGAGCAAUUCCAAAAGGAGGCCCCCACUGGUGCCACUGGAGUAGUUCAGGAAGAUGAUGAUGAUGUCCCAGAACUUGUAGCCGGAGAGACAUUCGAAGCUGCGGCAGCGGAAGAAACCCGUACUUAA